GUUUGUUUAAGUGGUUUUAUGAUUAUGGUGUGCAUAUAAUAUAAAAUGUAUAAAAACACACAUAAACAUUUAAAACAAUCUUAGACUUACAUGAUAAAAUAACUUGCAUAUAAAAUAAAAAUUCACGUCUUAGGUAAAUAAAAAAAGGAAAAGAUUUGAAGCCGUAGCAAACAAUAAUGGUUUAUGUCGGUAAUCCGUUAUAACGAUAACCAGUUUAUAAACUUCAAGUGAAACCACUUUUGUAAAAAGGAAAAAACCAAAUACAGAAAGGGUAAAAUCAUGCGGAUUUUUCCCCACGUGAUAUUCUUGCUGUUUUUUAUUUUAGUUAAAUUUGUCUUUGCAAACAAACACCAUAAACACCAUCAUUUAAAAAAAGACUUUGAGGGCAUUAAAAGAAACAAAUAUCCACUACAUGGCAAAUACAAACAUCCUCUAAGUUUGUACACAAAUCGAUUUCAUUUUUUUAAUCACAAGUAUAACCAACCAGGUAUGAAAAGAGUUAAACUUUUUGACACAAAUUUUGGAGACAAUGACCACAUUAAAAAGUAUAAUCAUUUACGCUUAGGUGUAUCUAAAGAUACCGUUAUUAAACCUAAUAGACAUUUAAAAAUUGAAAUUGGUAAUUAUUCUAAUAAUGAAAAGACAAAGGAACAUACCGACAUAAAAAAUCUAACUCUUCAUGCAAAAUUAAAUUUCUUGAAUAAUUCCGCAGCUUCAAACACGACAAACGCUACAUACCCUUUAGAGCGUUUGUCAAACUUUAAAUUUUUAAACAAAACAAAUUUGUCUCAACAAUUUAAAAACGUAGCAAAUUCAAAAAUAAAAGAAAUGUCGAACUUAACGAUAAAGGUUUUACCCAAAAAACUUGUUACGAUAAACAAUACAGAAUCAGCUGUUUUGAACAAUACCGAAAAGUCUUCUUUGACGGAAUGUCCUAGUAAAGAAUGUGCGCUUGGUUCAGAUUCACGAUCAAAAGACGAUCAAAAAAAAAUAAAUACUUCUUCGAUUAAUCAUGAAAGUCAUGCAAUUAAACAAGUUAAUUACAACUUAGGAAGAGCUCAUCACAAAAUCUCAAGUGUAGAACCUGCUGUAAAUAUUGCUAAUGUAACUGAAGGUAACAUAGAUGAUACUGGAUACCAUCAAAGUCAUCCAGAUUUAUUAAGUGAUAAGACACAGUAUGCAAAUUAUUUACAUGUACACGAUGAAUUACAGCAAAAUGCAAGUGGUAAAUCAUCAAUUGCUAAUGCAAGUGAUGGUAUCGAAGAAGAAAGUAAUUUUCAAAGUUCUCCAGAUAUAACACUAUCUGAAAGUACAAAACAUAUUAACUACCUACCCAUUCAUGAAGAGUCACACAGCUACUUAGCACCUGUUCAUACACAUGUGAAUCAUGACAAUGAAAAUGCUCAUCAUAUGAUAUCACCAAAUUAUGAAGAAUCUGACUUGCCUAUUCAAACUUAUGAGCACCACCAUGCCGAUUUUGGAUCAAUUUAUUCUAAUUCAAAUGGUGACUCAUCACUUCCUAUUGUUCACCAUCAUCACUUUAAUGAACCAGAGCAGAUUGAACAUAGUGAGUUUCAUGAAUAUCCUUGCCUGAAUGGUGGAGUGUACUACAAUACAGGGGAGAAAGGAUAUCAAUGCACAUGCAUUGAGGGAUUUACAGGGGCUAAUUGUCAAGAAGUAAAUCACUGUUAUCCUCAACCAUGUCUUAAUAAUGGCGUAUGUCAUCCUGUUGAUUACAGUCCUUUUUUUAUUUGUCAAUGUAAAGUUGGUUUUAUUGGAAUAAAAUGCAAUGAAACAAAUCCUUGUUAUCCAAAUCCUUGUAAAAACAAUGGAGUAUGUUCCCAUAAUGGCACUGAUGUUACAUGUGUCUGUUCUCCAAAGUUUACUGGGGCAUUUUGUGAAAAGUCAAAAUCUUGUCUUGUUAAUCCAUGUCGAAAUGGGGGAGUGUGCAUAGAGUUGGAGGGAGAUGGAAAGUUCCAAUGUCAUUGCCAACAAAAUUGGAAAGGUCCUUUAUGUGCAGAUUUUGAUCACUGUUAUAAAAAUCCGUGUGAAAAUGGAGGCAUUUGUUUAGAAGGCUUUAAUAAUUUUUCUUGUAAAUGUUUAAAUGGUUUUAGUGGAGUUACAUGUCAAGACCAUGUUUGUUCCCCAAAUCCUUGUUUAAAUGGUGGUACUUGCUUAGAAAAUGGAGAUAAGUUUAAGUGCAUAUGUCCUAAAUGGGCUUCUGGUGAACUUUGCGAAGAAAACAGACCUUGCUUAAUCAAUCCUUGUUUAAAUGAUGGGAAAUGUAUUGAUGGAAGUUCAGGGUUUCAAUGGUCAUUUGCUCCUCUCCAAUAUUACUGUCUUUGUAAACCACCUUACAAAGGAAUUCAUUGUGAACGCCAUGGUUGCAAACACUGUGACAAGAAUGCGCAUUGUGUUGUUGAUCAUUGUGUAUGUAAUCCAGGUUAUGAAGGAAAUGGUUUUAUAUGCCACAAAAAAGAAAAUAUGUGUCAUCCUAACCCAUGCUUUAACAACGGACAUUGCAUAGAAUCUCCUGCAAAUUGCCAGGGUGAUAAUUGUGGAUUUACUUGUGUAUGCUUGGCACCAUAUCUUCCACCAUUAUGUAAAGAAGCAAAUCCUUGUGUUCCGAAUCCUUGUGAAAAUGGUGAAUGUCAAUCCAUUGGAAAUGGUGAUGUGAUGUGCAAAUGCAAUGAAGGUUUUAAAGGCAAACUCUGUGGAGAAAUUGAUGCAUGUUUUCAAAACCCUUGUCAACACAAUGGUAAAUGUCAUUCUGUGAAAGGCAUUGCAUCAUGCACAUGUGCAGGAAUGUGGAAAGCCCCAUUUUGUAAAGAAUGUGGAUGUCCAACACCUCAUAUACCUGGAAUACCUGAUAUGUCUUGUGGUUUGAAUGGGGCAUGCUCUUGUCCAAAUCAAUGGAUUCCAGAUAUGAGUAAAGGACUUUGCACAAAAUCAGCCCUUAGUUGUAAUUCACGAUGCUGCUCCUUACCGUGUGAUAAUGGAGGUACCUGUGUUGAUCUACCUAAUGGUCAAUUUAAAUGUUAUUGUAAAACUGGCACAACGGGUGAAGUUUGUCAAUUUAAAACAGCUCCAUUUUUCUCUCAACCUGUAUCUGAUGGAGUAAUAAAGCCACAUGGUUUUUGUAACCCAAAUCCAUGCUUGCAGAAGGGCGUUUGUAUUGUAAAUAGAGGUGGCUAUGAUUGUGUAUGUUUGCAAAGAUAUACUGGGCCUCACUGUGAAGUUGAUAGAUGUGCAAAUUGUCACAAACAUGCACGCUGUGUUAAUGGAUUUUGUAAAUGUAAAAAAGGUUGGAUUGGGAAUGGUUUAAAUUGCAUACGAGAAAUGUGUGAAGAGACAUGCGUAGAAUGGUCUACUUGUAUUAAUGGUAAUUGUGUAUGUGAUGUAGAUGCUCCCCAAAUAACUCAUAAAUGUGUUCCGGCUGCUCUGGAUGAUGAUGGAGAUGAUGAUGACUCAUCUGAUCGAAUCGACAAAACUGUUCACCCUACACCAACAUUUGUUUCACCUUUACUAAUAACACGUCAGACUGUUCCUAUGCAAACACGAAAAAAACAAGAGACAACUAAAGUAAAAACUCUAACUUCAACACCAAACACUGUAACUAAUGGGUAUGGCCCCCCUGGAACUUCUGUUGCACCACAACUAAGUGACACGUUAUCAUAAUAUAAAGACGAUUAUUUAAGAUGACAAUUAAGGUAUUUCCACUAAUUUUUACCAGACGAUUUAUUAAAGAAAAUUUAUUUAGACAAAGAAAAAUUUGUAACUUCAUAAUUUUUUAGAUAAGACAAAGUAUCUUUAGUGCUGCA